CGCGUCGUGUUCUUUUUCAUUCAUACUGUUAUUCGUUCGUUCGUUUCUUUCUGUGUUGUGUUGUAUUGUGUGUUAAUUGGGAAAUCGUAGAUAUGCAAGGCGGUGGCGGUGAUGAAGAAGUAAACAUAGAUGAAUUGGCAUCCAAUCUCUCUAUUUACAAAGAUCAACUCCACCAGGUUAGACAACUAUUAAUUGAAGAACCCUCUAAUUCUGAGUAUGUCGACAUGGAAAGGGAGCUCUGCGAGGUCAUUGCUUUGACCGAAGAACUCCUCUCAACUGCCAAACUAAAUGAAAUAUCCCCUGCCGCUCAAUCACCCAAGGACAAUAAACAGGAGCUUCAUAAUCAAUUUGAUCAUCAAGACAAAUUUCCUGUUGGCACCAGAGUUCAGGCGGUUUAUAGUGAUGAUGGGGAGUGGUAUGAUGCAACAGUUGAGGCUUACACGCCAAAUGGUUAUUAUGUUAGCUAUGACAGUUGGGGCAAUAAAGAAGAGGUAGAUCCUGCUAAUAUAAGGCCAAUUCAAGAAGGUACUGUUGAUGCUUUGGUAGAAGCUGAGCGAGUUGCCGAAGCUACAAAGCAGGCUAUCAAACGGAAAAUUGCACAAGCUGCAUCUGUUGAUUUUCAGUCACGAAGUUUACCCGCAAAGCUUCGUAUAGAGCCCGAUGACCCAGAGGACGUGAAAGUUACCAAACGUAAGAAAAUACACGCGUUUAAGUCUAAGAUGCGGAUGGAACAACUUGAAGUCACACAAAAUAAACGGCAAAAUGCUUGGCAGCAGUUCCAGACAACCAAAGGAAAAGCUAAGAAGAUUGGUUUCUUCUCGGGAAGGAAGCGCGAGAGUAUUUUUAAAUCUCCCGAUGAUCCUCAAGGAAAGGUUGGUGUGACUGGAAGUGGUAAAGGUUUGACAGAGUUCCAGAAAAGAGAGAAGCAUUUUCAUCUCAAGGAUGGUACAAUCGAAAAUGAUGAUUAGGUUAAGAAGCCAAUAAGCACUUCGAUUGUAUGUUUGUACCAUGCUCAAACCAAUCACUGUAGAGGCUGUUUGAUGCCAUACAAAACGUUGCAUGUUCUCAAGUGACGUUGAGACUGAUUCGAGAUUAUUGUUUUGGCCCUUUUUAUGGCAAUACUUGCAGGGUUUGUUUGUUUAAUCUUUAUAUCUUAAUAUUAUAUUUAGGGAUUUGUUUGUUUAA